AUGCUACCAUUAUCCAGUAACCAUAUUCCGAAUCAAGAUGAAGAAGCAAUUAGCUCAGAGGAAGAAGCUUUGAAGGCAGAUAUCUUUAUGCUUCAAAAAGGGGUCUUAAGGUCAAACUGCUUAGACUGCUUGGAUCGUACUAAUUUUGCUCAGUAUGCCAACGGAUUGGUAGUUCUUGAUCAUCAGUUGCAUCUAUUGGGUAUUAGAGGACCUCCUGUUGUCGAUAUGAACAAUCCAUUGGCAGAGAAAUUGAUGGAAACUUAUGAAAAAAUGGGUCAUGUAAUUGCAAUGCAGUAUGCUGGCUCGGACGCACAUACCAAGGUGAUAUAUGUUCGUGCUUUGAGAGGUGAUUGGAACAUGAUGAUGAAGCACCAUGAUAUGCUAACAGCUGUGCAUCGCUACUACAACAACGCUUAUAUAAUGACAGCGAAAAGCAGGACGCCAUCAAUGUUCUUGGGGGAAUUCAAGCCUCAGUUGGGGAGGCCAGCCCUGUGGGACUUGCGUUCUGACCAGCGCAACACUAAAAGAAGCAAUCUUAACCUGGAUAUAGAAAAUCUGAGGUCAAAACUUACGAGAUCCUUUUCUGAUAACCUCCUCUUGGAGGGUUUGGAUCCGAAGAAGCUAGUACUCGAAAAUCCUCAGCCUUCACGUGAAGGGUUAAAUGGUGGCUGGGAAACCACUUCAGAAUUUGGAUUCUAUGAAGAAGAUUCAUCUUCUCCAAGCGUCCACUCAGCUAUUCGCGAUGAAGAUCAUUUGAGAGGAACAGAGUCAAGACAAAUGUUUCCAGGCAGUAGCUCUACGUCUGAUUCUCGUUGGCUUGAUGAUGUACCUGGUUUUUCACACUCAUACAAUGCUAAAUUCACUACGGCAGAUGAGAUGUUUGAACGUAGCAGCUCCAUGUCGUCAGAUAACAUGUUCAGCGACAUGUACAAAUCCUUCACUUCUACAACUGGCACGGAUCAUCCUUCAGAUGCGGAUCAACCAGCAGAUGGAAUUGUUUUAGUCCCUAGCUUCUCAAUUGAUUUCAUUCAGUGGGUGGAACACGGAAGAGCAUUGGAAAGGGUGCGGAGAUGA